ACCCAUGACAAAGGACAGUGUCUCAGGAUUGCCAGAAUGGGGCAGUGGACCCCAGUUUUUAAAGGAAAACAAGAAUGUGUUUUUAACAAAGUGAUGACACUCCUUAGCCUUCCUGGAGAGAAGACUCUACUCAUGCCUAAUAUCCAGGAAGGAUUAUUUGGAUUACUUCCUGAUACUGGAACUGUAUUUUUUCUUCCAUGAGUAUUGUAGGAACAAUGGAAGGUUACAGUCCUGUCAAGGCCAUUGUUAAUAUCUUUAUUUAAAUUAUAUUUGGCAUUUGUUCAGUUUAAAUGAAUAACUUAUUCAUGUUAAUUAGUAGCACACAAAAAUGGAUGAAUUAGUCAUCUAGAUUGUUAAAUGUUAGGGAGACAUGAUGGCAUAGAGGUUAGUCCUGAUACGUCACUACAGUAAUCUCUAGUCAUGGGUUUGAAUCCCAUUUCAGUCCCUGUCUGUGUGGCGUGUGGCCAUGUUCUCACCAUGUCUAUUCUGCUUUUCCCCUCCAUACUCCAGUUUUUCUUCCACUGGAUAAAGUUUGCUUACAUUUGAUUAAUUGGUAAGUCACUUUUGAUCUUAGUUGAGUGUGUCAAGGGUUUGUUCAUAGGUUGUGCCCAAUGCUGCCAGAAUAAGUUUCAGACCCCUCAUGAUCCUAAAUUGGUUUAGGCUGGUUUGAAAACCUUAUGUCAAAUUAAUUAUUAAAUGUUAUAUUAGUUUUACCAACUGUGUAAUGUUGAGCUUACUGCACUCUGUUACUGGUGUAGUAGAAAAAGAUUUGCAUUAUUACAUCAUUUUCAAAUAUGUCAGCCCUUAAUUGUCAUGUCAAUCAUUGUCUGAUUCACAGUUGUAUAAUUGAGACACAUACCGAAUAUGAUGUUAUUGUAUUGCUGUUUAUUAAAGUUCUAUAUAUUACUUAUUAACUAACUGUCAAUAUUUAACUUUUAUUGAUCUCUGGACAACAAUAUAUUCUCCACUUGCACUUACAAAAGUUCAUUAUUUCACGUCUCAGAGAAUUCUGUCACUAGAAGUCAUGGCUGAUAUUUCAGAAGACCGGGAGAAAAUAAAAAAAGGCUUGAAACAGGCACUGGAAUGUGUGGCUGCUAUAUCUUCAGCUGCUGCUGUAGUUAAUCCCAUAUUUGGUUUAGCAGGAUCCAUAAUCAGACUUGUUCUCCACAAUAUAGAUGAUGAGGACAUGAACACUCUAAAGAGAGAAUUUCAGAGUGUUCACUCUGGGUUAGAUAACAUUUCCCAGCAAAAUAAGAAAACACUAAUGCAGAUCCAGAAAGAAACUGUGGAUGGUCAAUAUUCAAAAAUUGAGGAGAACCUCAAAAAUCAAUUUCGGAAGUUCAUGGAAAUUGUGGAGGCUAAACCUGAGCAGAAAGAGCAGAAAAAAAAUAAAUUUCAGGAAAGCUUUGCAAAUGAUGAUGGAGAUCAGAAUCUAAAUACACUCUAUGAUGGAGUGAUGGGAAAUGCCAGACUGUUCAGCAAACCGAUUCUGGAAGUGUACAUGAAAUUCUCAAAUGGAGAUCGUCAGAUUAUGGAGCCUCUGUGCACACGAUUGACGUACUUAUUCUGCAUUGGUCUUGUUGCCCUGAUGGGUUAUACAGCUAUCAUUGAGGAUGAUGAAGAUGAGAUCAGAGAAAAGUGGGGAAAGAAAAUGGAAGAUGUACAGCGGAAAAUGCAAACUGUGUUGAGCACCUGCCAUUAAGCAAAAGUAUUGUUAGACAAAAAGAGACAUGUUGCAAAUAAGCAAACUGUCUUUGAGAAAUGAAGAAAACAAAAUCUACUGCUUGUCAUCUCUAAAUGAAUGCUUACAGUGUGUUAUGCAGAAAAGACUUUGAUUAACAAAUAGCACAAAAAUUAACUUGGCUGAUGAGAAAAGAAUAUGACUACAUAAACAGAUAAUCACUCUGUUCUCUUUAUCUGAAUGAAUAUAAUUCACAUAGACAUAAGAAGUCAUGUUGUGGGUGUAUGGCCGUAGAAAUAUACCAUAUGAAGAAUAAAAUGUUCAGACUCACAAUAUUGGACUAUGAAUUAAACAAUAUAUCAAAUAGGAACUUGGACUGCAAGCAAAUCAUAAUUUGGACUUUGUGAGCUAAUACUGAUUAACCUACCAACAAUUAAAAAAUCUGGACAUUUUUCUUUAUUUUAACAGAAUCUACUUAAACUUUUAAUAACUCCAAUUUCAAAUAAAUUCUUGUGUAUCUUUUAAAAAUGACUGCUAUAGAUUGAUUUUAAACUCUGUAAUUUGCUGACUUGUACAUUGUAUAUUUUAGCAUCCUAAAUAAACAGAUUGUUACAAAUACUUUCUUUAAUUUGUUGGGCCUGGAGUAAUAAAUAUCAGAAUGAACAAUUAGCCUAUGGACUUAUUCUUGUAAUCAUUGUUAAUUCCUUGUGAAGUGAGGCCUUUAAGUUUGGGAUGCAUGCUAGACAAAGAAAUAAGAGCAGAGGAAAUAGAGCAGAGAAGGCAACAACAAGAGAAAGAAGAACCCAAAUAAGCUGACAAUACUUCUGUGCACUGAAGAAAAUCCAAAGCACCUCUGCACCCAGACUUGAAAACGACUCACCUUUCAUUACCUGUAUUUUCUACAUAACGCUCUUUUUCAGAUACAUUUCCUAACCUUUUAAAACUCUUUUCAAAUAUAUUUCCUACUUUUGCAACAUUGGUUUUACUGUGUUUUUACUGAUUUAUCACAUUGAUUUUAUACUGUUUCAUUGGGUCAAGGUAUAUUUUUAAGAGCACCUGGUGUAGGUGAUUGUCAUAUUCAAGCAGGAGUUGGCAGCUGUGAAGAGACAUCUUCAGUAG